AAAUUCAGUGGACCCUGGACCCAGUUGAAAAAUUGUCGGAAAAUCCCUGAACAUAAUGGUGAUUAAAUUCAAACUGAUUUUGAACAAAUUUUAACUGAUAUCCUACCCAGCAAAAUAAUUACUUGUUUUUGUAAUUUCCAAUUUACAGACUCUAUGAAUUUUAUCAAAGAUCUUGACAGACAAGCCAGUGUUAGACUCAAGAAUAAAACAGCGCUAUCUGUAGCAUUGGCGGAACAUCUGUUUGGAAAACUUUCCCUGAGAAAAAGCUAUACCAUCAACACCAGAUUUAAAAGUGAAGUAGACAAAUGUCAGUGUGGCUGUGGUACCAGCAUAAAGUACAGAUUUGGGGACACAAGCAUCGGACAGGAAACAGUCUGGCAUGGCGACCUUGAUAUGGUGUUAGGUGCUGGUGAGGACCAAAUACCAGUGCUGCUAUCAGGAAUGGAAGAUUCAAGUCCAGAGACAACUGACGAAGUGAAACCGAAAUCUCUCCACUAUCCUCAUAUCAAACAUCAGAUGUUGGCUCAGACAAUUCUGUUCUCAUUUCUACAAAAGAAAAAUUUUCCUGAAUCCAGACAUUUUCUUGUCCCUUCCAUAGGUGUGUCUCCAAAGGAAGUGAUUUUCUUCUUUUACGAUUCAGAAAACGAUGUACUUAUACAAAGUGUGAAGAUGCCUUUACGAUCAGGUACAGGUGUCUGUUAUAGUACCAUAAUUGCCAUUUGGAUGACAUUGAAUUACAGACAUCUUGGAUCAGGCAUUACAAGCUUGAUUCGGGCACCGAAAUCAAACUUUUUUAAUUUAGCAAAAGACGUGAUUGACAUUUAUCAAAAUGAUUUGAACCUGGGGGGUAUCCAGGGCAGUUUUCUCGAGGAUACUUUAUAUCCACAAGACAUUCCAACAGAGAAAAUGGUGUUUUGGGGAGCCCGAAAAUUUGAAUUUGGAAAUUGACAGAGUGGAUAUUUUUACUUUAAAAGUUUACUGUUUAUUAACUUCAUUAUAUGCAGAGACAUUGAAGUUCUUUAACAUAUUUUCUCUGAUAUGACCAAGCAUCUUGUGUUGAAGAAUGUCCACUGCUACAAUGUACAUGUCGACAAAAGUGAAAACCAGUUUUUUUCAUUGGACAAGUGCCAGUUGAAGUACUGUUCAAAUGUGUUCUUAUCUCUAAAUUAUAUGAAUACUCUAAUUCAGAUUAUAUGCGAGGACAAUUAAAAGUUCCAUAAAAAUCAUAUACUUGA